AUGUACAUGGUUUCAACCAAAGAUCCGGCCAUGGUGAAUCUUUUCAAAGGACGAUUUACCAUUGAUCCUACAUUGGAUACAACUGCCAAACUCCUGACUCGUAAAAUGGAAAUUUUAAAGAAUCCCAAUACAAGUCACAGUUUCAAAAAGCAAGCCAUCAAACAGAUUGAUCCUGAUAUAGAACUCUACGUUAAAAAAAUGAGACAACUACCAGCAUUGUUAUUGGUCAAUGCCGAUCCUACCAAGUUGGUAAAAUCCUCAAAAGACGAAGAAGGAGAUUUGGUGACUCCCAUACAACAGAAAUUGCUCAAAAGAAUUUUGAGUGAAGUCACCCCCAAA